AUUAGACAGAAUCAUGCUUUACUUUUAGAAAUUACCAACUUUUAUUUGGAAUUGCUUAAUAGACACUGGAUGAAUAAGUCCAGUUUAAGAGCAUAUUGGACGUUUUUAUAUAAAUUUAACUUUCACUUACAUAAGCUCAAUCACAUUAAAGAUUUUAACAGCUAUUAUUUGGCUGAGAGAAGUAAAAGAAAUACAAAAAUACAAAAAAAAAGGACUCUGAAGAGUAUGUAGUAUAAAAUAUUCUUGUUAUUAGUCUGUUAGUAGUUUCUUUGAGAUUAUGUGGCAAUCCUCUUUAAAAUUUUUCUCUUAUAAACGCCUUUCUUUGUGAGCAAGAUUUUCCUACUGAUACUAAUAAAUAGAUUCUAUUAUCAUACAUAAGUAUAAUUAUUCGUCAAGAGCCUAAAAUAUUU